AUGAGUUUUACUAAUAACAAUAACAACAAUAACAACGAUAGUAACAGUGAUAACAUUAAUACGGAGUUUGUGAAUUUUUUUGAUGGAACCCCCAGCAACAAUAUUAAUGAAAGUAAUACUAAUGCUAAUAACAAUAAUACUCAUUUAUAUAACCGUAUUCAACACCCCAUAAUUCCUGCUAAUAUCGAUACUGGUAACUCUGCCAAUGGUAAUAACUUUCUUCAUAAUGAUGAAACGCCUGCUAUACUAUUAGAACAAUUGGCCUAUAUAGAUAAUUUCAUUCCACAGUUAGAAGACGAUUUGCAUGGUAGUAAUGCAAAUAUUAGCAAUUCCAAUACAGAACCGCACACUUUUGAAUUCAAUACUGAAAAUACUAAUGCGAGUAAUAACGGUAACAGUAACAUAUUUAAUAGCAUGAAUAUUGAUGAUAGACUAGCAGCAGAAUUAAGUGUUUUUGCCCAUGAAACCUUUAUUUUUCCCGAUGAAGAUAAAAACACCAAUGGUAAUGAUCAUCAUGAUAUUUAUGAUGAUACCAAUCAUGCGACUAAUACUAUGAAUAAUGAGCUUAAUAAUACUGUUUCUAACAAUAUUAAUAAUAAUCCAAAUACUAAUCAUAUUAUUGGUAACAAUAACACCCCAGAUCUUCCCAAACAUAAACAUCUAACUGAUAGAAAGCGUAAUUUAUUGGCUAAACAAUACGAUUUAUCAAGAAAAAGAUUUUCGACCAAAAAUAAUGCUAACCGUUCAUCUCCUAAUAACAAUAUUAAUAUUACUAGUCCUCAAAGCUCCAAUGUUAAUAGUAACCAAUUUUUUACCAAUAUAAACCAAGGCAAUACACCUAUCCCUUCCAACACCAAUAGCUUUGACCAUGGCGGGUUUACCAAUGUAGAUAUCUUGGACUACAAUCGUACUAAUCAAAUAGAACGUAUCAAUAAUGAUGCUACUAGUGACAGGAAUAAUAUUACGCAUAAUCACCUUAAUAAUUCUCCUAUAAGUGACAUAUUUUCACCACAUAUGAAGAAUUCUCCAAAUGAAUUUUCAGUAUAUACUCCGACCGCACUUAAUGGCAAUACAAAUUCUAUUACUACUACUGGUAGUAAUAACAGCGGCAAUAUUACUCAAAAUGCUAAUACAAAUAGUGCAUUUUCUACUGUACCAACAUCGAUAUUGAUAUCUAAAUUCCCUAAAGUUACUGUACCCCAUGGAGCUAAAGAAUCUUUAUUACAAUUGGGUUUAACCGUUGAUCAAAUAGAUUCCAUCGCUGUCAUUGUCAGUUAUUUUCAAAGAGAAAAUUAUAGAUUUACGGAUAAUUUGGUAAAUAACGUUGAUAAUUUGAACAGUAAUAAUAAUACUAAUCAUAUUUUAAACACAAAUGAUUUAUUGCUCUCUUUUUUAAACAAUAAUAGCGUCAUAAAGAAAAAACGUACUUUAGGAGAAAGAAAAGAAGAAGAAGAAAAAGAAGAAAAAGAAGAGCGAGUAGGUGAAAAGGGUGGAGGAGGCAAUGAUGUUAUUGAACAACAAAUUCAGGAUGGGGAAGAAGGAAGUCGGAAAAAGAAAAAAAAAGAAGAAAAAAGAAAUGGACAACAAAAACAAAAUAAAGAAAAGGAAAUUGUGCAGCAAAAACAACAAGAAAAAAAAGAGGACAAUAGAACACUGGAUCUAAAUGGAGCUCAGAGUAAUGAUGCUAAGAAAUCUAAAAACAACAAUAGCGUCAAUACUUUUAAUGGAACAAUUACCACGGAUAAUGGCAUACGGAAUGACACCACCAGUAUUGAUAAAAAUAAAGAAAACAAUAAUAAUAAUAAUAAUAAUAAUAAUCACUCAUCCAAGAAAAAUAUAUCAAACAUUGGCUCAUCUUCUCUUGGCAACGAUUGCAGCAGUAGUGAUGGUGCUAAUGAUAACGCAAAUAAAAAUGACAACAAACCAUCAAAGCGAGCUAGGAAUACUGCUAAUAUUUCUACUAAUGAUGAAACCAAAAAAGAUUCUUUAGAAAAUCGAAUAAGCGAGCUAUCUGAACUAGCAGUUGAUUUAAAGAAUAAAAUCCGAAAAUUGGAGUUAGAAAAUAAAUUAUUAAAAAAAUUGGUUAUGGAAAGAGGUGGGUUUAAAAACUUAGAAGACCUAGAUAGUUUAAAAAAACAAUAA